UUACAUAUAGGGACAUAUUUGACAUUAUGGAUAUAUAUUGACCGACAAGGAAGAGAGCAUGAUAUGAAAGCGACGAAAGCAUACACUUUAUCGUUUUUUAGGAGUCUGCUUUGCUUUGUGAAGAGAGUGCUUUGAAUUGAAACUCAUAAUAAUUUUGAAGGAAAGAUCAAAAUGCAAUGUUCAAAGGAAGAAGCUCUUCUUAGGCUAUUCUACAAUGUCUCUAGCUGCUUCCAGCUUCUCUUCCUCUUCUUCUACUUCUCCAUCCUUCUGCUUCCCAAGCUCUUCCAUUUUCUUGGCAGCAAUGCAUUUCUUCAAAGAAACCAAAAUGGAUAUGAAUAUUACAUAUUUUCCGAGGAUGAAGAAUUACAAGAAGACGAAGAAGAAGAAGAAGAAAGACGUGCUCAUGUUGAGUGCAGUGAUGAGAAAGAUCAUGAUCUGGCUGCGGACACCGUUCGGGGCGGUGAAUCACUGUUGUUUUUUCCGAACAAUCACCCAACUCAGAGCUACCAAUCAUUUUCUGAAGAAUUCGUAAGCAUCUGUGAGAGCAUAAACGGAGACAGCGACCCAGAUCAUGAAGAUCAUUCUACCCCUGAGACGCUCUCAUCUGUUCAUGCAUUCCCUGGAGGUUCGGAUUCUGAAAAUGGAGUCGAAGAUGUGUCUGUGGAAGAGAUCCUUACAAGAGAUGCUGAUUCAUUUCGCCACUCUGCUCAAAAUCAAACAAUGCCAAUAACCAUAGAGUACCUAAAAAGAAGUGAUUUCGUGGAUGACUAUAAAAACUCUUAUGUUGCAGAAGAUUUGUGCAAAGAAGAAAAUGCAAACAACAAGCCGGCAGAGACAAAUUUCUCGGCGGAUGAGAGGUUCUUGAUUUUUGUACCACCCAAGUUGGAGACAAAUAAGUUUCUAGCUCGAGGAAAGGAAUUAGUUGACGAUGAUGAUGAGAUCUAUGGUGACUCGUGCACAGUUGGCUCUACGUCCAAGAGCUCAUCUGAGUGGAGAAGUUCCAUUAAUUAUAGGGAUUCAGUGAGUACUGAUCAGGAUCCAUUUUCUUCUUCCUCCCGAAGGAGUUGCCCCAAGUGGGAAUCCUACACAGUGUUUCAAAAAUAUGAUGAAGAAAUGAUGUUCCUAGACAAAAUCAGUGCACAAAAGCUUCACGAGACAGAAUCACUUAGGUCUAUUCAAGUUUGUCCAAGAUCAAUGUCAGAGAGAAUGGUUCAUAAGUUUGCAACCAUAAACGAAAAACCGCCAACAGAUCUUCGUCAGAACCCAUAUCGUGAACUUGAGGCAGCGUAUGUAGCACAGAUUUGCUUAACAUGGGAAGCUCUUAACUGGAACUACAAGAAUUUUCAACAGAAGAGAGCUUCACGCAGUGAUCUUGACAUGGGCUGUCCUGCCCAUGUUGCCCAAGAGUUUCAGCAAUUCCAAGUUCUUUUGCAGAGAUAUAUAGAGAAUGAACCUUAUGAGCAAGGUCGGAGACCCGAGGUUUAUGCAAGAAUGAGGCUUUUGGCACCAAAGUUGCUUCUAGUGCCAGAAUACCGAGAUUCAGAAGAUAAUAAAAAGCAGGAUGGUUUUGGAUCAAGAGUUUCAUCAGGAGCAUUUCUUAUGAUAAUGGAAGACGGAAUCCGGACAUUCAUGAAUUUUCUCAAGGCUGACAAGAAAAAACCAUGCCAAAUUAUAUCAGCAUUUUUUAGCAGAAACCGAAGAGGUUCAGUUGAUCCAACUCUUCUCCAUCUGAUCAAAAAGGUUAAUAAAAAAAAGAAGACAAAGCUUAAAGAUCUUCGCCGGGGUCGGAAAUGCUUGAGACGAAGAAAAUUGAGUGUGGAUGAAGAAAUGGAGAUAUUGAUGGGUCAAAUAGAUCUGAAAGUGGUGUCUAGGGUUUUGAGAAUGUGUGAUAUAAGCGAAGAACAAAUGCAUUGGUGUGAAGAGAAGAUGAGCAGAGUGAGAGUUUUAGAAGGUAAACUUCAAAGAGAUUCCUUGCCACUUUUCUUCCCAGCACACUGACCCACCACAUAUAUAUAGAUCUCCAUCAAGUACUGGUUGCUUGAUGUCUAGAUAAUGAAUGUGCAUGCAGCAUGCAUGACUCAUGCACAAAAUGAAUAUCCUCCACACUUUUGUAGUUACUGUGUAAAAAAAAAAAGAGGAGAAAAAUACUCAGGUUUGCAAUUCCCACCUUCCAAAAUCUCAAUUUAGACUAUCACCUUUCAAACUAUCAAAAAAUAUAAUAGAACCCAUUUUCCGGGGGUUUGUGUAAUUUCUCAAAAAAAAAAAAAAAAGCAAGAGGGGGGGG